AUGCCCAUGGUCGGCGGAAUGACACUAAAGGUGCUGGUGGAUGCGAUGCUCGCACAGCCGGAUGGUUACUACGCGCCGUUCGCGACGCUUGCUUUGGAGUCGGGUGCGGCGCGGGGGCAGUUUCAGUCGGACCCGCUUCCGCCGCCGCCUAAGGACAAGAAGGGCGGGAAUGACGGAGGGAAGAAAGGAGGGAAGGAUGGCGGGAAGAACGGCGGGGGGGAGAAUGGAGGCGAUCAGUUCGGCACUCUUCCCGAAGUGCCCGGCUCCCAGCACCUCCCCUCACAUCACUCACCAUCUCUGCACCUCCCCUCACAGCACUCAGCAUCUCAGCACCUCCCCUCACAGCACUCAGCAUCUCAGCACCUCCCUCACAGCACUCACCAUCUCAGCACCUCCCUCACAGCACUCACCAUCUCAGCACCUCCCUCACAGCACUCACCAUCUCAGCACCUCCCUCACAGCACUCACCAUCUCAGCACCUCCCUCACACCACUCACCAUCUCAGCACCUCCCCUCAUUGCACUCACCAUCUCAGCACCUCCCCUCACACCACUCAGCAUCCCCGCACCUCCCCUCACAGAACUCACCAUCUCAGCACCUCCCUCACAGCACUCACCAUCUCAGCACCUCCCUCACACCACUCACCAUCUCAGCACCUCCCUCACAGCACUCACCAUCUCAGCACCUCCCUCACACCACUCACCAUCUCAGCACCUCCCUCACAGCACUCACCAUCUCAGCACCUCCCUCACACCACUCACCAUCUCAGCACCUCCCCUCAUUGCACUCACCAUCUCAGCACCUCCCCUCACACCACUCAGCAUCUCCGCACCUCCCCUCACAGCACUCACCAUCUCAGCACCUCCCUCACAGCACUCACCAUCUCAGCACCUCCCUCACAGCACUCACCAUCUCAGCACCUCCCUCACAGCACUCACCAUCUCAGCACCUCCCUCACAGCACUCACCAUCUCAGCACCUCCCUCACAGCACUCACCAUCUCAGCACCUCCCUCACAGCACUCACCAUCUCAGCACCUCCCUCACACCACUCACCAUCUCAGCACCUCCCCUCACUGUACUCACCAUCUCAGCAACUCCCCUCACACCACUCAGCAUCUCAGCACCUCCCCUCACAGCACCUUCUGUUUUAG